AGUAGAACGCGACCGGUGACCGUUGGCCAUGGCAUUCUUGUACGCGUGAGCUGGUGACGUGGAGUUGGCGAUGUGUCUGCGUACUCGGGAACCGCCGCCUGGACAUGUUGUCGUGGUUUUGGCAGUGGUUCCCGGGCGCGGGUAGCGGCGACGGCGAGGGCGAAGUGCGUCGCUCCCGCGGCAAGCGCAUCACGCAGCGGCGCGGGGCCAUCAAACACCACAAAAUCCACGAAGUGAACGGACACCGGUUUGUGGCGAAGUUCUUCAGGCAGCCUACAUUCUGCGCGUUCUGCAAGGAGUUCCUCUGGGGUUUCGGCAAGCAAGGAUACCGGUGCGUGGUCUGCCAGACGGCGGUACAUAAGAGAUGCCACAACAAGCUGCUCGGCAAGUGUACCGGCUCGCCCGCCUACUCUGAGGCCACUGUGUACCUGCGCGAGCGCUUCAAAGUGGACGUGCCUCACCGGUUCCGGCCUCACUCGUUCAUGUCGCCGACGUUCUGCGACCACUGUGGAGCGCUGCUCUACGGGUUCUUCAAACAAGGGCUCAAGUGUGAAGGUAUUGGAUCCGAAGUUUUCUAAAGAAUACUACAUAUUACCUGGGUAAUUUUUUUAAAGUGCUUCUAUAAGUAAUUUCCGUGGCUUAAACAGUUUUUUACAUUGUAUCGAAGGGUCUGCAAAACCGUUAUAUAAAGCUAACACUUUAAAAAAAUAUAUAUACUUACAAAAAAUACGGUAAGAACCAAAAUUACAUUUAGAGCACUAUUACAAAGACAAAAUUUUGCCUAAUUAAAAGAAAAUAUUAUAAACUAACCGCCUUAGUAAGUAAGCAAUAAAAAAUACACAGGUAUUUGACGUGUGCGUUACCCC